AUGAUUGAAGUAGUAGGAGGUAUUGCAUUCAUAAGAGACAUAGAAAAGAAGUCUUUGGAAUGUAGGGAAGGAAACGAAAUUGUAGUACUUAAAUUAUGUGAUUUAUGCAAUACAAUUUAUCCGAUAUAUAAGAAAAUAUUUGGAGAUGGCUUUAUAGCUGACAUGUUAAUAAAAGACUUGAAAAAUUCGUCUUUAAAAGUUCAAAAAGCCAUUGAAAAUUUUCCAAAUGAAACAAAAUACGUUUCAAUGAUGUAUUCUUAUAAUUUAAAAAAGUAUCAAAGUAUACAUAAAUUAAAACGUGAUUUAAAUAAUGGAAUAAUAAACUUUUUAUGGAUGAAAAGAACUAUAGAGUUCAUUGUAAUUUUCUUGGAAAAAUGUUAUAUUACAAAUUACUCUUCCAAAUUAAGUGCAUGUGCAAUGGACGCAUAUGAUGAAGUAUUAAAAAGUUAUCAUGGUUAUAUGACACGCAAUAUUGUUAAGUUAGCACUCAAGCUAUCACCAUCCAGAGAAGUUUUAACUGAAAGGCUCCAGUUAGGAUCAAAUGAACAAACAAAACUUGUUCUACAGAAAUGUCUUUCAAUAGCAAAACCUUUGAUUGAUGAUAUUUCUAAAAUAAUUGAAAGGAAUAACUGUAACUUUGCAGAAAAAAUUUGA